AUGGAACAACAGACAACUUCAACUAUUAAUUAUGGAAUUGACGAACAAUUACAACUAAGGUACAGUCACUGGAAGAAAAAUACCAAGUUGUUAUAUGAUUAUUUAAACACCAACACUUCAAAAUGGCCAUCUUUGACUUGCCAAUUUUUUCCUGAUCUCGACAUUUCAUCUGAUACACAUCGUUUGUUAUUAUCAUCCUUUACCUCUGGUCAAUUACCUGAAGAUGAAGCUCUAUAUAUUGCUAGUUUGUCAACAUUAAAGCAUUUGAACUGGUCAAGUUUAAAUAAUUUUGAUAUGGAUGAAUUAGAAUUUAAAUCAGAUAAUUCAAUUAAAUUCCCACCAAAACAUUUGACUACUAAUCUGACAAUCAAAUUUCCUUUAGGCGACUGUAAUAGAGCAAGAUAUAUGCCCCAGAACCCGGAUGUAAUCGCUGCCGCAUCUUCCAAUGGUGAUAUCUAUAUUUUUGAUAGAACCAAACAUGGUUCAAGAAGAAUCAGAAAAUCUGUAUAUGAUGAAAAGAGAAGCUCUGAGACCCCCGAAAGUGAUAUCAACGAUGGAUUAGAUGCAACUUAUGAAGCCAAGUUUAAUGACCAAAUUAAUAAUAACCAAAACAAUAGAAAUUUUGAAACUACGAGUAUUGAUAUUGAUGAAAUGGAUUACAUUAAAACUGAAAAUGAGAAUGAAGCACUCUCAGUAGCGUGGAAUUUACAAAAAGAGGGUACUUUAGUAGCUGCAUACUCCCAAGGAUCAAUUAAAGUAUGGGAUUUAAAAAAAUUUAAUCAAAAUGACAAAAAUAUAUGUAAAGCUGAAUGGAGUAUUACACAAUUUGACUCUAAUGGUUGUAACGAUGCUAACUGGAUGCCAUCACAUGAUUCUAUUUUUGCUGCAUCUGGUGAAAGUAAGGAUUCAUUAGUUCUAUUCGAUACAAGAACUCAAAAAGAAACUUCAAGAAUACGAUCUAAGUUUCAUAAUAGUGGAAUCAAUGCAUGUAAAUUCAACUAUGGAAAUUCUAUGCUGCUGGCUUCUGCUGAUACUGAUGGAAUAGUUAAUUUAUGGGAUAUUAGAAAAUUAAACGAUAAACCACUAAUGUCAUUGAACCAUGAUUCCUCUAUAUCUGUCAUAGAGUGGAAUCCUCACGAACAUAGUGUUUUAGCUACUGCAGGACAACAAGAUGGUUUAAUUAAAUUAUGGGAUAUAUCUCAAGAUAAUGCCAUGACUAAUGAAGGUAUAACAAAACAAUUGAUAUUUAUUCAUGCUGGUCAUAUGCUAGGCGUGAAUGACAUAUCAUGGGAUCUACACGAUCCAUGGCUGAUUUCAAGUGUUUCAAAUGAUAAUUCAAUCCAUAUUUGGAAACCUGCAUCCAAUAUUGUAAAUCCAGCGUAA